CGCCAGCAUAAUAACGUCGGUGAUUUCCCUCUCGUAAUAUCUAGGCCUGCUCGCAGAUCCACGUCGUCUUGAAGCACGGUUCGAUGUGUAUAUGUGUGUGAGUGCGCAACUGCAGGCGAGAUGCAGAUCGUAACGUCAAUUGCGAUACAACUCGUGCUGGUAGUGAUCGCGUUCGCUACCACUCUCCUACGAUGCUACAUCCGCUUGAUCCUCGAACGCCGUACACUGACCAUCCCGGACUGGCUCGUCUGGGGAGGAUGGCUCGGCACUCUUGGUUUUUCUAUAGGAUCGAUUGUCUCUUUGAAUAUUCAGAUCAGUCAUCCGCUGGUCGAGCCUGACCUUGUGACUGACUCGGUGGGCUACCUGGAGACAGUUUUCGUCAUGUGCUACUUCUUCGAUUUUGGAAUCUAUUUCCCGAAGGUAUCGCUGGUCGCAUUCUAUUGGUGGUUGAUCCCGCUUGGCUUCCGACGCCUUCGGGUCGCUGUCUAUGUGGCUGCUGCUUAUGUGGGAUGUUGCUUUCUUGGGACUUUAUUGACCGAUACAUUAAUUGCACCGCACAUCUCGGACAAUUGGUCGCUUGAAAACCAAUUGAAUUCCACAUGGAACUCAUAUACAGCCUUCCGAAGUAACUGGAUUCUAAACUGGUCCACAGAUAUGCUUUUAUUCAUCCUUCCAUUCUUCAUCAUAAAUUGCCUCAAACUACGUACUCACCAGAAAAUAGCUCUCUGCGGAGUAUUUUCGCUUGGGUUAAUCACCAUUGUCAUAAGUCUGGCACGCUUCAUCGUAUACACGGUUAGUGACUACAGUGUCGAUGACGCAUCUGGAAACCUUUGGUGUACAGCCGAAAUGUGCACAGGAGUCAUCGUCGUAUCGUUACCAUCCUUGAAAGUCCUGGUCAUUCGCAAUUCGCCGAACAAUUCUUCCUACCCUCACAGCACAAACGGAUAUAUGCAUCAUGCUGGCUCCUCGAAGCCGCAAAGCAACCUCGGAACGUCCAGAUCGCACGUGCAAGGUGGCCGAAUCAGUGACGAUGAACUGGAGCUAGUCUUCCAAGGAGCGAGGAAUCCGUCGCGAACCUCUUCGCCACCAGCUGGCUCGACAGGGCCUCACGAUGCGAAAGACAAUGUAAUGGUCACGACGGAAUGGAAUGUGACGAGUCACGCCCUUUGAAAGCUACCAUGAACGAUGUACAAGAAUACUUCGAAUAAUGAACGCGAAUCGAGAUUACAGCACGCAAAUUCAUACCGUCGAACUGCUGCCCACAGGAUGGAGCGACAGUGCUCGCCGCGGCUUCUCCCUAGAAGUCGUUCGUAACCCCUAGAUCAGUCGCUGUACGUUUUGAGGGGGCUGCUUUACAU